CGGGGCCGGUGGCUCGCUGGGCUCCCUGGGCUGCGGGCGGGCCCGGGCGGCGCGGUGCGCUCGGCCGGGAGCAGGUAUAAUUCAGUAGGAAGAGCGUAUGGCUGGCAAAUAGAAAGUCACUGCUCUUUUGGAAGGCCUCCCAUUCCACUGCACCAGGACUUUCCAGCUGAAUCUUGGUGGGAAAUUGCUGGAAGGCCUGGGAAGGUGACUGGAAGCAGCAGCAGAGGGGAAGGUUCCAAGGCUGUGUGGCUUUCUAGAAGAUGACCAUAGAGGAUCUCCCAGAACCUUCCUUUGAAGGAGAUUCCCUCAUUGAAAGAGAACGAUUCUUAUUCCCAAACUCUGAAACAUCUAUUACCUUUUCUGUUGCUGCAGCACCAAUGCCUUCAGACUGUGAGUUUUCCUUCUUCGAUCCCAAUGAUGCAGCAUGCCAAGAAAUACUCUUCGACCCCAAAACAUCAGUUUCUGAAUUGUUUGCCAUCUUAAGGCAGUGGGUUCCACAGGUCCAGCAGAAUAUUGAUAUUAUUGGGAAUGAGAUCAUUAAAAGGGGUUGCAAUGUGAAUGACAGAGAUGGACUGACUGAUAUGACUCUCCUGCAUUACACUUGCAAAUCAGGGGCUCAUGGCAUUGGUGAUGUUGAAACUGCUGUAAAAUUUGCAACCCAGCUGAUUGAUUUGGGUGCUGACAGCAGCUUGCGCAGCCGCUGGACAAACAUGAAUGCCUUGCACUAUGCUGCCUACUUUGAUGUUCCAGAACUCAUCAGUGUUAUUUUGAAAAAUGCAAAGCCAAAAGAUGUGGAUGCCACCUGUAGUGAUUUUGAUUUUGGAACAGCUUUGCAUAUUGCUGCAUUUAACCUAUGCACAGGAGCUGUCAAGUGUUUACUGGAACAUGGAGCAAAUCCUGCCUUUAGGAAUGACAAAGGGCAGAUUCCAGCAGAUGUGGUUCCUGAUCCAGUAGAUAUGCCCCUGGAAAUGGCAGAUGCAGCAGCCAGUGCAAAGGAGAUCAAGCAGAUCCUGCUGGAUGCAGUGCCUCUCUCGUGUGACAUCUCCAAAGCCAUGAUUCCAACCUAUGACCAUGUCACAGGCAGGGCCAUGCUUUUGUCACUUGGCCUGAAGCUGGGAGAUCGUGUUGUUAUUGCAGGACAGAAGGUUGGUACUUUAAGAUUCUGUGGCACAACAGAAUUUGCCAGUGGCCAGUGGGCUGGUGUAGAGCUGGAUGAACCAGAAGGGAAGAACAAUGGAAGUGUUGGAAAAGUCCAGUACUUCAAGUGUGCACCAAAACGUGGUAUCUUUGCACCCCUUUCCAAAAUAAGCAAGGCUUCUGAUCACAAGAGAAGCUCCGUACGAAGCUCUUCCACACGCUCUUCACCUUUGGUCAAAUCCAAGAAAGUGGAUGUGACACACGUAACUUCCAAAGUGAAUUCUGGCUUAAAUAUUACAAAAAGAGACAGUGCUUCUGAAAACAACUUUCUGACUGCUAACAGGGGAAAAACUGUACCUGCAAAAGAUGGUUUUCCUGGGUACAGCAGCUCUUCCUCUUCUACUGCCUCCUUGGAAGGCAAAAGGAAUUACUCCAAGAAGAGGAACUCAACGAGCAGCAGUAAAAAAGCCCUGACCAGAGUGUCUUCUGCCUCCUCUAAGACUAGUGCUGGGUUGUAUAGUUCCCCAACCACAAGGAAGAAUGCUCUUGAUGGAGAAAUCCAGGUUGGAGACAGAGUACUGGUGGUGGGACAGAGAACAGGCACUGUUAGAUUUUGUGGGACAACAAAAUUUGCACCAGGGUUCUGGUGUGGGAUUGAACUGGACAAGCCCCACGGGAAGAACGAUGGCUCCGUGGGAGGAGUGCAGUACUUCAGCUGCCUCCCCAGAUAUGGCAUAUUUGCACCCCCAUCUCGUGUACAGAGACUGACUGGUUCUCUGGAUUCUCUCACAGAGACUUCGUGGAGUAAAGCAGCUCACACUUUUCCAGGUUUUAGACGCAGUCUAAGCAGCACUUCUGCCUCUUCACAAAAGGAGAUAAACAGAAGAAAUGCCUUUGUUAGGUCCAAGAGCUCGGUGCUGCGGCGCAGCUGGAGCAGCAGCAGCAGCGGCGCCGCUGCCUGCGAGGGGCCCGUGAAGCUGCACGAGGGCUCCCAGGUGCUGCUGAGCAGCUCCAACGAGAUGGGCACCAUCAGGUACAUCGGCCCCACGGACUUUGCCCCGGGGGUGUGGCUGGGGCUGGAGCUGCGCAGCGCCAAGGGCAAGAACGACGGCUCGGUGGGGCAGCGGCGCUACUUCAGCUGCAGGCUGAACCACGGCGUGCUGGUGCGGCCCAGCAGGGUCACCUACCGCGGCAUCAACGGCGCCAGGCUCGUGGAUGACAUCUGCUGAGCCCCACAGAGUGGGGAGGAGGACUGCAAAGCACAAAGGAACCCCCCUGCCUAGAAUGCAAACUUGUUUUGGGAUCUUUAAAUCUGCGUUUUGCGUUUUACAUAUAGCAGUGUAUAUGUAUGUGUGUGUAUAUAAUAUAUAUAUUUUAUAUAAAUAUAUAUACAUAUAUAAAAUAGAGAGAGAAAAAAGUGUUCAGUCAUGUUAAGAAGUAGAACCACUGUUGAGUUUCUCUUACUUUAAUGACCCUUGCCUGGAAGGUUAUUAAAGCAUCUUGGGUUUAAGAUGCUGCAUCAUUUGAAAACCAUUCCAGUUGGAGAACAGAGUGACUGCAGCGUUCUCUAAAGCUCCUGUGUGGUUCAUGCAGUAUUCAGAGGGUUUUUCUCCAUGUGGUAAUGAACUGGAAAUGUUUGUGCAUUGCCUGCUUUUGACAGUGGAGGUGGUUGAUGGGUGACAUUAGCCUGGUUCCUGGGCACUUUGUCAAUUCCAAUACCAGCUGCUAGCAAUAAGAAAGGAGGAAAAGUAAAAGCCAAACCCCCCACCCUCCCCACCCUUUUCCAAACAGUUGUGGAGUAUUUUUGCAUUUUACUGUUCAGAUCUCUCUUCCUCUUUCCCCCUCCUCCUGUCCUCCUCUCCAUAAUACAAAAGGGCUGAUAAAUAUAAGGAUUUUCCCCUCUCCUAGUGAAGAGCAGCAAUUAAUAAGAAGCCUUUAAAAAGCACAAAUAUGCUGCAUGUCAGUCUGUACAGUAACAAGCACUUUUUGUUCUGCAUUUGUAGAACGAGCUACUUACAAGAUGCACUCUUUAAAAUAAUGCACUUUGCACUCUCCUGGAGAGCUUACCCUCAUUUUUAGAGACUAUUUGUUUUGUUUGGGGUGCUGCAGGCAAUGAGUAUCACGGUUGUAAAAUGCAAAUAAACCCAGAGUGGAAUACAUCAUUCCCUUAUCAUA